GGCGCAGCCGGAGGAACAGGAUGUCCUUCCAGGGCAAGAAGAGCAUCCCCCGGAUCACGAGUGACCGCCUUCUGGUCAGAGGCGGGAGGAUCGUGAACGAUGACCAGUCCUUUUACGCUGACCUGUAUGUGGAGGACGGUUUGAUAAAACAAAUUGGAGAGAACCUCAUUGUCCCUGGGGGCAUCAAAACAAUUGACGCCCACGGCCUAAUGGUCCUGCCCGGCGGAGUCGACGUCCACACAAGGCUGCAGAUGCCCGUCCUGGGCAUGACCCCGGCCGAUGACUUCUGCCAGGGGACCAAGGCCGCCCUGGCAGGAGGGACCACCAUGAUACUGGACCACGUGUUCCCCGACACGGGUGUGAGCCUGCUGGCAGCCUACGAGCAGUGGCGGGAGAGAGCGGACCGCGGAGCCUGCUGCGACUACUCCCUGCACGUGGAUGUCCCCCGCUGGCACGAGAGCACCAGGGAGGAGCUGGAGGCCCUGGUGAAGGACAAGGGUGUGAACUCCUUCCUGGUCUUCAUGGCGUACAAGGACAGGUGCCAGUGCACGGACGGCCAGAUGUACGAGAUCUUCAGUGUCAUCCGGGACCUGGGAGCCGUGGCCCAAGUGCACGCAGAGAACGGGGACAUCGUGGACGAGGAGCAGAAGCGGCUGCUGGCACUCGGCAUCACCGGCCCCGAGGGCCACGUGCUCAGCCACCCAGAGGAGGUGGAGGCAGAGGCCGUGUACCGUGCUGUCACCGUUGCCAAGCAGGCCAACUGUCCCCUGUACAUCACCAAGGUGAUGAGCAAGGCUGCGGCCGAUGUGAUCGCCCAAGCCAAGCGUAGAGGGGUGGUCGUGGUCGGGGAGCCCAUCACCGCCGGCCUGGGCACCGACGGCUCCCACUACUGGAGUAAGAACUGGGCCAAGGCCGCAGCCUUCGUCACGUCACCGCCCCUCAACCCGGACCCCAGCACUGCAGACCACCUCGCCUCCCUGCUGUCCAGCGGGGACCUCCAGGUGACUGGCAGUGCCCACUGUACCUUCACCACUGCCCAGAAGGCCGUCGGCAGGGACAACUUCAUGCUCAUCCCCGAGGGCACCAACGGCGUGGAGGAGCGCAUGUCUGUGGUCUGGGAGAAAUGCGUGGCCUCAGGGAAGAUGGACGAGAAUGAGUUUGUUGCUGUGACCAGUACAAACGCAGCCAAAAUCUUCAAUUUUUACCCAAGGAAGGGGCGGGUGGCCGUAGGCGCCGACGCCGACCUGGUCAUAUGGAACCCCAAGGCCACGAAAAUCAUCUCUGCCCAGAGCCACAACCUGAACGUGGAGUACAACAUUUUCGAAGGCGUUGAGUGCCGAGGAGCCCCCGUGGUGGUCAUAAGUCAGGGCAGGGUCGUGCUGGAGGACGGGGCCCUGUUCGUCACCCCCGGGGCUGGCCGCUUUAUUCCGCGGAAGACCUUCCCCGACUUCGUCUACAAGAGGAUAAAGGCUCGCAACAGGCUGGCAGAGAUCCACGGCGUGCCCCGAGGCCUCUACGACGGGCUGGUCCACGAGGUGAUGGUGCCCACCAAGCCAGGGGGCGGUGUGCAGGCCCGCGUGUCCUGCCCGGGGAAGAUCUCAGUCCCACCCGUUCGCAACCUGCACCAGUCGGGGUUCAGUCUGUCUGGCUCUCAGGCCGAUGACCACGUCGCCAGGCGCACGGCUCAGAAGAUCAUGGCACCACCUGGCGGCCGCUCCAACAUCACAUCCCUGUCCUAGGAGCUGCUUGUGCCAGCGGCGGGCGUGCCUGUAGGCGGCCGCCACUCCCCUCUGUUCCCUUCCCUUCA